AUCACAUGAUCACAAAAUGGCGACCUCCCAUGGAACGGGAAGCGAUUCUGUUCCCGAAAGCCAAACGAUGAAGUCUGAAAAUGAAACAGUUUCCUCAGAAGAUGAAACAGAGGAAGAAUCUGACGACUCUGAAGAGGACCAGGAGCCAAAACUACGCUAUGACCGAGUCUCCAAUGACCUUAAGAAGAUACUGGAGAAAGACUGUGCCAGUUGCAUGGCUGUGCAUGCCAAGUUCCUGGCCCUGGGGACACAUUGGGGAGCCAUCCAUAUUCUCGACUACCUUGGUUACAACAUUAAAGGGAAGGAGUACCCAGCUCACACAUGUACCGUAAACCAGAUAAGUGUUGAUGAUAAUGGAGACUACAUUGCUAGCUGCUCGGAUGAUGGAAAGGUGCGAAUCACUGGUUUAUAUGAAUCAGAUCAUGACCAGAUUGUCAACUUUGAUCGGCCUGUAAAGUCAGUGGCCCUCGAUCCAAAUUUUAACAAUCACAGGUUUGUUACGGGUGACGACAAGCUGAUUCUAAAUGAGCGAGGAUUUCUAACACGCCACAAGAUGACAACAAUACACCAGGGAGAGGGACCAAUCAGAACCAUCAAAUGGAAGGGCGACCUGAUUGCAUGGUCCAAUAGCUAUGGGGUCCAGGUGUAUGACAUGUCGUCCCGGUCCAGAAUUACUUCUAUAUCCAAGGACCACAACUAUAGGCCAGACCUACACAACUGUAAUCUUCAUUGGAAGGAUGAAAGAACGCUUCUGAUUGGCUGGGCUGACACAGUCAAGGUGUGUUUGGUGAAGGAACGAAAGGAACAAGAUGUACGGGAUCUCCCACCAAAAUAUGUCGAGAUUAUUGCGAUGUUCAACACCCCAGAAUAUAUGGUAUGUGGUAUUGCAUCACUGGAUUCAAAUCUGGUCCUGCUGACGUACGACAAACCAACACAACCAGAGACUGUACAGUCCAUCUCCAGCAGACCAAACCUCCGUAUUGUAGACCCGCAUCUGAACUACUAUGAAGAAGUGUCUAACGAUGCCCUCACCAUACGAGGCUACCAGAACUACCGCUGUAAUGACUACCAUCUAGAGCCAAUGUGCAUGACUGAGAAUGUGGUGGAAGAUAACCUGUUCUAUAUCAUCAGUCCAAAAGAUGUAGUGGUUGCGAGGCCGAGAGAUCAGGACGACCAUGUGGCCUGGCUCCUCGAGCAUGAGGAAUUCGAGCAAGCACUGGAGGCAGCCAGCUUAUUUUCGAAGGAGUUGAAGAAACACACAUACUAUGAUAUUGGUCGCAGUUUCCUUAACUACCUCCUGGAAAAUGGGCGCUUCGAAGAUGCUGCCCGCCUGUGUGUGAAGGUGUUCGGGAAAAACAAAGAUUACUGGGAAGCUGAGGCAUAUGUGUUCGCCAAACUCGGACAACUAAAGUCUCUGGCCCCUUUUCUGCCCCGCAGUGACCCUCAACUGAGUCCAGCCAUCUAUGAAAUGGUGCUUAACGAUUUUCUUCAAACAGAUGCAAAGGUGUUCCUUCAGUUAAUCAAAGAAUGGCCCCACACUUUAUACCAGGUCCAAACAAUCAUAUCGGCCCUCAUAGACCGUAUGGAUCGAGACAGAAACAAUCGGGCCCUGCUCCAGGCUUUAGCUGAACUGCAUGGAUUCAAGAAGGAAUUUGACAAGGCCCUGGCCAUCUACAUUAAACUAAAGCACCCUGAUGUCUUCAAGCUGAUAAACCGCCACUCACUGUACGAAGCCGUCAGUGACAGAAUUGUUCAGCUGAUGGAGUUUGAUAAGGAUAAUGCUGUCAAAAUGCUCAUUGACAAUAUUGGAAAGAUUCCAGUUGAGAAAGUGGUGAGACAGCUUGAAAGAAAUCCAGAGUUCCUUUAUGUGUACCUGGACAGACUGGCCAGUACUGACCAACAGCUGGUCACUCCAUAUUCUGGAAACAUGGUGAAACUGUAUGCAGAGUUUAACCAAGCCAAGUUACUUCCCUUUUUGCGUAGUAGCAUCCCCUACCCGCUUGAUAUGGCUCUUAAAGUAGUAGAGGAGCGAUCAUUACGACCAGAGCAGGUUUUUUUGCUGGGUCGUAUGGGCAAUAUCAAACAGGCUCUGCAGCUGAUCACAGAUGAGCUCAGAGAUGUGGACCAGGCUAUAGAGUUCUGUAAGGAACACAAUGAUCAAGAACUGUGGGAGGACCUCAUCCAGCACUCCCUCAACAAACCAAACUUUAUCCGAGGCCUACUGAACAACAUUGGCACGCACGUUGACCCCUCCAAUCUAAUCAAGCGUAUCCAGACCGGCAUGGAGAUACCCGGCCUACGUGACUCCCUUGUGAAGAUUCUUCAAGAUUACAAUUUACAGAUUUCCUUGCGUGAAGGAUGCAAGAAAAUUUUGGUAGCGGAUAGCUACGGGCUCAUGAAUCGACUCGUCAAAACCCAGAAAAAAGCCAUCUCAGUGGAAACAAGCCACGUGUGCCAGUUAUGCCAGGAAAGAAUUCUAGUCACAGACACUCACCGAGCAAGUGAUAUCACAGUGUUCUUCUGUAGCCAUGCAGUUCACGACCUUUGUCUUAUUGGAAGUACAGAUAACUGUCCAAUUUGCUCUACACAACGGCGUGGUCCUGGCAGUGGAGGAAUGUUUGCGAAGUGAUCUUGACAUUCCAUAACCAUUUGUUUCACAUGACCUUGACAUUAACCAUUCAGAAAACUUUGCUCUGCUCUAGUUUAUGGUCUUGUUUAUAUGCUUAUUGACCUUGCAAGAAAUUGAAUUUACCAAGCUUUUCGGAAUAGUUGGAAAUACAAGAGCAAAAUAAUCAGUGGAAUAAUAAGUAUGAUUGGUAUUGUUUGUUGGACAUGAAUAACUUAAGCUAUGCUUAAAAGACAUGAAUGUGACCUUCACUGUUUCCUUGUGAUAAAAAGCUGCCGAAUUUUUUAUAAACUUGAAUACCGUAUGAAAAUGAAUAAAUUGCCACCAUCACCAUUUUUGUACAUAGGCAGACAAUAUGGUAUUCAAUUUUGUUGCAAUUUCCACAGGUUAUUUACCAUCGUAUAAGUUGUUAUGCCCCCACAAAGUGGCGGCAUAUAGGGUUGCCCUUGUCCGUACGUACGUACGUACGUACGUACGUACGUAUAUGACUUGUAACGUACGUACGUACGUACGUACGUACGUACGUCCCGAAGAUUGUUUCCGAUCUAAUUCUUGAAAACCGUUUGUCCAAUCCUCACCAAACUUUAAACACAUGUUUGUGACCAUAAUAUCUUGAUCAAGUUCGAUAGUCAUGGAAAUCGCUUUAGUCAUUUAGGAGUUACGGCCCUUUUUUGCCAAAAAUUCCCGAAGAUUGUUUCCGAUCUAAUUCUUGAAAACCGUUUGUCCAAUCCUCACCAAACUUUAAACACAUGUUUGUGACCAUAAUAUCUUGAUCAAGUUCGAUAGUCAUGGAAAUCGCUUUAGUCAUUUAGGAGUUACGGCCCUUUUUUGCCAAAAAUACUUCAAAAAUAUAUGUUUCCAAUCUAAUUCUUGAAAAGUAUGUGUCCAAUCCUCACCAAACUUUACAUACAUGAUUGUGACCAUAAUAUCUUGAUCAAGUUCGAUAGCCAUGGAAAUCGCUUUUGUCAUUUAGGAGUUACGGCUCUUUAUUUGCAAAAAAAGACUUGAAAAAUACGUCCCGAAGAUUGUUUCCGAUCUAAUUCUUGAAAACUGUUUGUCCAAUCCUCACCAAACUUUUAACACAUGUUUAUGACCAUAAUAUCUUGAUCAAGUUCGAUAGCCAUGGAAAUCGCUUUAAUCAUUUAGGAGUUAGGGCCCUCAGAUUAUCCUGAAUAAUCAUUAUGGCUUAUUUUCUGUGACAAAAAAUCGAAGUGGGGGCAUCCGUGUCCUAUGGACACAUUUCUAGUUUAUUUUGUUAUACAGCAUUCUCUAACAUAUAUUAUACCGAAAUCAUAAAAACAUACUUUAAAUGAAUUUGGGGAUUUUGGUGGAUUUUGUCCCAUCAAUGAAACAUUCGAUGACAGGGAUUUUGACAAUGGAAAUUUUUUUUUUUAAACUUCCUGCAAUAAUCUAUUUCAAGAGACUUUUGCAUCGCAUUUCUUAGAAAUCAUUUACCAUCAAUAUAUAAUUUUAUAUUUGAUUAUUUCUAUAUAUAAAUGAAAAAAUGUUAAGAAUAGAGAUGUACCGCAUUGACCCACAUGCACUGUUAACAUGAUGUGAAUGGAAGCUUACUUGUGCCUUGUCAGUUGUCGAAUGUUGUUUGUCAGAGGUAGUCAAAAUAAACCAUUGGAUGAAUAGAUUAUAUAACCGUGUUCUGUUAUAUAAAUAUCAGAUCCCAUGGUGGGUUAUAGCAUAUAAUGGUAACCUGAGAAUGUAAAUGUCAACCGAGGGGUUGGCUGAGGUUGACACUGUUGUUUCUAUGGAUAUCAUUUACAUGUUAUCUCCCACCAUUGGGUCUGAUUUUUAUUUUAUUAUACUGAAAAUUUUAUUAUACUGAAAAAUAUUGUUAACACCAGUUAUGUCUGCAAUGCAUUGCAUCUACAAACUAGGAUUUUCAACUAUAUUUUGUAAGUGUCUAAAUCGCGCCCAGGCACUUUUGACAACAAGACAUAAGUUUUGAGACUAUAUGCAAGGGUCAUAUAGAAAAUUAAGACGAUGCGGACUAGGUUAUUUUGUAAGUGUUAAGUCAUGAGAGGUAUAAUACUAUUUAUCGACAAUAUAAUCCCUUCAUUGGCAAUAGGAUGGUUGAGUGACAUACAAGUCAUACAACAUCAUGCUUAUUAUUAUGUUAGAUAAAAUGAAUUCCAAAAAUUUGAUAUUUGCAAAAGUUUAAGAAUGCAAUAUCCUUAAGAAUUGUAUCCAUUGAAAAGAUAACUCAGUCAUUAUUAAUAAUAAUAAUAUUAUUAAUUGAAUUGUGUCAAUUUGUUUUAAUAAUGAAUUUGUUUUCAUGAUUUGCAUGUGUUAUUUAUCUGCCAUAUUUGUUAUAUUAUCCCAAAAUAAAGAUAUAUAAUUA